AUGUCCGUCUCAGCCUCGAUCCCCGACACUUCGCUUGGCCUCACCUCCUCCGAGAUCCAGAUCCUCCGACAGCAGCAGCAGAUUGCCCUACAGGGCGGCCAUGCCGGCAAUGGGGUUGCCAGGGGCAGGGGAACAGGGAGAACCAGCAACUCCAGCUCGCGCGCUACCAGCGCCGCCAGCAGUCAGGGUCGCUUGCUGCUGGAUCCGAUGAGUCUCCGCGCGUUGUCGCACCAGCUCGACGGCUUGCAGGCUCAGAUCCGUCAUCGGAUCGAAUAUCUAGAAGAUCAAAUGCAGCGCUCCAUUCAAAACACCUACGACCGCGCGGGCAACGUCAUUCGCAAUGCCGAUGCGGAGAUUGCCCGCACCCGUGAGAUUCUUGCUUCUAUCGACGAGCUGGAUAAUGAGUUGGCCAAAAUCGCCCAUAUCCGUGAUAUCGUCAAGGGUUUCCGUGGCCGCAUCGAGAACUUGGAUCACCGCAUUGACCAGAGUUCCCGACGACGACGAUGA